UCAUCACAAAGUUUUAAACCAAUCGUGCCAAUGCCUUCUCGUUGACUAUGCCGACCAGAACCAAUGUGAAAAAUUCAGUAUUGUCCUCUAGACCAUUCACACAACCACUUCUUCGCUGAAAAUGGACGAGGAAACCCUCAAGGACGCUCUCAAAAGCUUCCCGAACGCUGAAAAAACGGCACCACCCGCAGCAGCAGCUUCAGGGCUCAACAUCAACGCUCUGUUCGAGAAUCCGCUCUUCGCCGGUGGAAUUGGCCUCGCAUCAUUAGGAGCAGUUGCAGCUUUUGCACGAAAAGGCGCAAUCUCUGCACUCGGAGCAGCUCGUCGCCGUUUGCUAGUCAAUGUCGAGAUCAGCAAGCAAGAUCCCGCAUAUCCAUGGAUCCUUGCAUGGUUGUCGCAACCCCGUGAACACCCAGGCUUCAUUGCCUCUCGCCUUACACGAAUACAUAACCUCUCUGUUACAACGACGACUGCAUCUCGAACGGCUGGAGUCAGCGGACCUCAGAAUGCGCAUUUCUUUCUACAACCUGGUUUCGGACGACAUAUCGUCAAGUUCGGCAAUGCGUACAUUGCCGUGAACAGAGAAAAGCACAAUACCGCAAAUAUGAAUACGGGUGAACCACACGAGAUUGUUCAAUUGACUACUUUAUGGGCGCACCGACACGUUUUCGAGGCAGUCUUCAGCGAGGCGCACCAGUUGGCAGCAAAGGCGAAUGAGGGGAAGACUAUUGUAUACUCGGCUCGAGGAAUGGACUGGGUACCGCUGGGUGACCCAAGAAAGAAGCGCCCAUUGGGCUCAGUCAUCUUGGAUGACGGUGUCAAGGAGAGUAUUGUGGGCGACGUAAAAGACUUCUUGAACCGACAACAAUGGUAUGUGGAUCGGGGUAUUCCCUACCGAAGAGGUUAUUUGCUGUAUGGUCCUCCAGGCAGUGGAAAGACCUCGUUUAUUCAGGCUCUUGCAGGAGAGCUGGAUUUUAGUGUGGCCAUGAUCAACCUCAGCGAGAUGGGCAUGACGGAUGACAAGCUAGCAUAUCUCCUUACAAAACUACCCAAGAGGAGUUUGCUUCUGCUGGAAGAUGCAGAUGCAGCAUUCGUGAACCGACGCCAGCGAGACUCUGAUGGCUACAAUGGUGCUACUGUUACCUUCUCUGGUCUCCUUAACGCCCUUGAUGGUGUUGCUGCUGGUGAAGAGCGCAUUGCGUUCCUGACGACCAACCACGUUGAUCGCCUCGAUGCCGCGCUCAUCCGACCUGGUCGUGUAGAUUUGAUGCUUCGCAUUGGUGAGGCCACACAAUACCAGGCUGCUCAGAUGUGGGAUAGAUUCUACGGUGACGUUGACAAAGAUCACUCUGGCCGAGAACGGUUCCUUGGCCGCCUCCAAGAGCUGGGCCUGUUCGGCGUUGGACCUGACGGCAAACCAUCGAAUCGCCACACAAGCACAGCAGCGAUUCAGGGACUGUUCCUGUUCCAUAAGGACAAUAUGGAAGGAGCUAUUAAUGACGCUGAUGGUCUCAUCCCCCGGAAGUUUGAGGCUUCAGACGAGGUCCCAGAGGGAGCAAUCAAGACACCUGCAUGAAUGCAUGUGCACUUGAGAUUUGUAUGAAUAUGUAACAUAUGACUGGCUGUUUUGAUACCCUGGAUGGAGCUGAGACGAAAUCUUGUAUAGAGAUAUGUGUAUCUGUAGUGAAUAAGAGGCUUGGAAGAAUGAGUCAACCGUAGCACAAAAUUUGCGUUGCUGAAUGGAUGAAGAAAAUAUCUCUGUUAAACCCAACGACUACUGGAAAGAUGUGUCGUCCAAUUACAGACAAAAUUUCAGUUUUCCUUGUGUUUAUGUCAAGGCUCAUGACUCUAUCGUCGUUUGGAGUUUUUGGUGAAUAAAGUGUUAGC